AUGUCGUCGUCCUAUUUUAAUGUUUUUGAGCACACAAUUCCAUGCCAGCAUCUUCGGGAAUACCCUCGAAGUAUCAAAACACGUCAGGAAGAUGUGCUACAGCUAGCGAUUAAACAAUACGAGCCAAUUCACAAGAAUGGUUUGCAAGAUGAUGCCGUUACCAUCAUUGCAACUCACGCCAACGGAUUCAUAAAAGAAGCUUACGAGCCAUUGUGGGAUGAUCUGCUUCAGCUGUCGGAGAAUCUCGGUUUUCAGAUCAGAAACAUAUGGAUUGCCGACAUAUCUAAUCAGGGAGCCAGCGGAGUAAUGAAUGAAAGCUUGCAGGGCGAUGAUAAUUCAUAUUUUGAUCACUCAAGGGAUCUUUUGCAGAUGAUCAAUACAUUCAGAGAGCAGAUGAUCCGACCUAUAAUAGGUAUUGGGCACAGCUUUGGCGCUACCCAACUGGUUGGGCUCUCAAUCAUGCAUCCACGUCUCUUCACGAGCCUCAUACUUUUGGAGCCCAUAAUACAGUCUUCACCUCCACCUGGGGGGAACGUUGCACGCUCUUCUAGCUAUCGACCCGAUUUAUGGCCAUCUCUUUCUGCUGCCUCUCACGCAUUCAGACAGAACAAGUUCUUUGCUGGGUUAGAUCCUAGAGUGCUAGACAAGAUCCUCAAAUAUGGUAUUCGAAAAAUACCUACACUCCUGUACCCUAUUUCUGAAACUGCCAAAGAAGGUGCUUAUACCCUAACGACAACGAAGCAUCAAGAGGUGUGGUCAUUUCUACGUCCAAACUUUGAAGGUCGCGAUUCCCACGCUAGUCAGAACAGAUUCGAUCACCUGUUAUUCCCUGAUAUCAGUAUGGAACAGAGAGGGCUUCCUUUCUACCGCCCCGAAGUUAGUAUCGCUCAAGAGUAUCUAGCCUACUUAAGACCAAGUGUUCUCUACAUUUUUGGUGCUAAGAGCUACUUCUCAGCUCCCGAUCUACAGAACGAAAAGAUGGAGCGGACUGGAAGCGGCUUAGGUGGUAGUGGGGGCGUCAAGAUGGGGCAGGUUGAGAAGCAUAUUUUUGAGAAUCUAAGCCACAUGGCUCCAUUGGAAGAUGUCAGAGGUUGUACAAAUGUGAUUGGAGAGUGGAUGGACAAGAAACUUACUCAAUUCAAAGCCGAUGAGGAAGCUAUGAGAAAGAUUGAUCCACAGAAGUCAACAAAUGAUAUGUUGAUCAUGUCGCAGAAAUGGUUGGAUUUGGUGAAGUCGCCAAUACCUCUGAAACUCAGCAAAGCCAAUCUUUGA